ACAUGGGUUCAGGCGGCGAGAACAGAGUUCCAGGGGGAACCCUUUCGGGUUCCGGCAGGGCUGGGAAACAAAACAUUUGCGUCAAUCUUUUUUUUUUUUUAAGUCGACUUAGUCAAGUUAAUCAAACAUUUUCCCACAGUCAUAAAAUUAUGUUUUCUGUUUCAUAGUUAUAGACGCUAAAUAUUAAUCAAACAAUUUAAAUCCUGUCUCCAGUGCAAUGCCCACAGGGAGAGAAAAAAUAUUCAGAAAAGUUAGCAAAGCGUAGCCAAUAAUAAAUGACAAGAAGCGCUCCUCUAAAAUGUCUGUACAGAAAUCGGAAGUCGGACGCCUCCCACUUGGCGACAUGACUCGCCACAAUCCCUCACGAUUGAUUCAUUUGUCAUAACAGUUUGAUUCAACUUGCACGGUUCGUUUGUUGAACGUUAUAUCAGCGUCGUCGUGAACGUCGGCGCGCCCACUCCAGGCGAUGCCUUCAAGAAAGAUGUCCUGAACGACCUGUUACCUACAAAUUUCAUGCUCUUAAUGGCUGUGAAAUUGUGCGUAUGGGAGAUCAAUUCGAGGGGGGAUAUAUUCGGGGUUUCCACCGCCUGGUUUGACGGCCCUGUUCCGGCGCCGCUGACCCGUUUGCUCAAUCUGCGCUCUUCAAAGUCAAACACUUUGAACUCCAUUUUUGGAGCAGAGUUACAUAACAUUUUGUCGUAGAAAGGCCACAGAUGGCCUUUCCGUGCACAAGCGCAUGCAACAACAACAAAAAAGGACAAAGGGGCACACUGGGCACCAAGGGGCAAAAGGGCACAUGCCAUACUUGGACUGCGUUUUGUUGUAAUGUUCAACAUAAAGCAAGCAAAGAUGUAAAUUUGGGAAGCGUGAAAGUGGCUCUCCGCGGGGCUUGACCGGAUUCCACUCAGGCUAGUCGCUUCGUAGCUCACGGCCCGCCCAAACAUAGCGACGGUGCUAAAUGUGCGCGUCAGAUGUCACGAUAUGGAUGGCGACGAUGACGGCGGCGGCCCAACGGCAAAAAGCUGCAGAGGACAUCUUUCUAUUUCGUGGAGUCUUCCAAACUGCUCGGCAUGAAGCGAUUUGGACUGUGGCGUCACGCCCCGCUUGGCCGCCUUUUAUUGCCUUUUAACGUUUGCACUCCUUCAAUCACUUGAGCUCCACAGACUCGGCGGGGCGCUUUUUCUUUUUCUAUUCUGUUUUUUUGCUGGGCUAUUUUCUCCUUCGUUUUUGGCGUCGAGCGGCUGCAAGCGAGACUUCGCCGUUCGCCCCAAAACAGUUGGACAAGCUCCCGCACUUCUUAGAAAUGAACUGCAAGCGGCAAAAUACGGAACGUCCCGACAGGGUGGACAAUUUUUUCCUUCCUGUCUUUUUAUUCUUUCUCUUUUCUUUGAAAUGGCAAUCAUCACUAUGAGGGCACUUAAAGGCGACGCCAAGAAAAAGGAUGCAAGCUUGGGUGCUGCUCGCCAGCAUCGCGUUGACCGCCUGGCACGUCUCCCUCGCCGGUGCCCACAUGAUGCCCGACGACAGGCUGAGCGGCGACAAGGCGGCCGUCUCCAACGCCGUCCCGAGCAACCCCGAACCCUACGCGCCGGUCGUCAUCGUCGAACUGCCAAAACCAGCAAAGAAAAAGAAGGCAAAAAAGAACAAACGCGGCGGCAAGCGGCGACCCCCGCCGGCCCCCGGGUGCGUCCCCCUGUGGGGCAGCUGCAAAUCGUCCGGAAAGGUUUGCUGCGACUUCUGCGCCUUCUGCCACUGCCGCAUCUUUCGGACCGUGUGCUACUGCCGCAUGGGGAACCCUCGAUGCUGAAGGCCCCGGACCCCCCGGACCCCGAGCUUGCCAGAAGCUGACCGCAUGAAAGCACUUUAAUACGGACUGCGGCAGCGCGCCAACACGUUACCACGCAUACGCCAAGCUUAUGACAUUUAUUUUUAAAAUAUAUACAGAUCAAUGGAAUUCAUUACUGGGAGAAAAUGUCAUUAAAUCACCGUUGGAUUUUACAAAUUUUCAUGAGUACAAUUGAAGUUACAUUUGAAAAACAGCCAUAACGUCUCCAAUUGUUUUUGUUUCAUGUCACUUCCUCUUUCUAAAUCCGGCGAUUGUGAUUGGCCCUCUCUGCUGUAGUCUCAAACACGACAUCUUUUUCCAAAUAUGACCUCCGGGCGAUACGUUGUUUCACUCAUAGUUGGACAUUUGCACACAUUUUUUCAAAAUCUUUCCAUCUUUAUAAUUUUGUAUAUUCUUAUGGAGAUAUUGUCGGAAUUGUACCCAUUUGUCAUUAGGUAUCAUGCUUUCCACAUGCUGUAUACAUAUAAUGCAACAAACAUUUUAU